AUGAAACAUUGCCUGAUACCACCCUACCGCAACCGUAACACCCUCACAGGCCCGACCCUGUCGACCAUGGCGUUUAACCGUCCGACUAGAUCCCUCCCAGCCUCUAAUUUUAUCCGUCGCCACGCCGCCUACAACAAGAAUCUCCAUGGCACAUUAUACUUUUUCGCUGAUAGACUUGCUUUGCGCCUCGUCAUCGCACAAUUCACCCCUCUCCCCCUCCGUUACAACCUCAGGAUGUCUCUCAAGCGCCCUCAUAUUUCACACCCCUCUUCCCCUCCUUAUAAAACCAGUCUUCGACCUCACCCUCCAUAG